AUGUCCGACAUCAACAUGGAGAAGUUUGCUGUAUCAGAUUUUGUGCCCGAACGUUACGUGAAGGAGCUGGCCAAGUCCUGUGUCGGAGGGGAGGAGCUCCAACAACAGAAGGAUAAGAUACAAUCGCUGGCCGACGAGACCGCUAAUGCCCUCAAGAAAAAUGUGUACGAGAACUACAUGCAGUUUAUUGAGACUGCGACGGAGAUAUCCCACCUAGAAGCUGAAAUGUACAAGCUCUCCCACCUGCUGAGUGAACAGCGUACUGUGCUCACGACUCUCUCCCACGCGUCAAUUUUAGGUAACGAGAACGCUAUAUCCCGCGAGUCCCUAGACAACCACGACGUCGAGGCCGAGCGGGCCGAGGAACAACGCAAGAACAAGCUCAACCUCAUAUCUGAGAAAGUAGAAGGUUGUAUGAACUUGUUGGACGUCCCAGACCGGACUGUGUUGCACGAAGGUGACUUGCUAGAGAUAGAUGCUGAAGAGAACACUGCCAUACAGCGGAUGCAUGUGUAUUUAUUCAAUGACUGCCUUAUGUUGACAUCGUGGAUAUCAAACCGUAGAGGUCCUAAUAGAUAUAAGUUUCAAGCUUGCUAUCCUAUCAGUACCCUAGCUGUAGUGAAUGUAAGAGACUUGGGAAGUGUCAAACAAGCUUUUAAAGUUUUAGCAUUUCCAGAUACAAGAGUGUUUCAGUGCAAUAGUUUUGCCAUUAAGAAAGAUUGGUUAGACAAGUUUGAUAUUGCUAAGAAACUGCACAUUGAAAAAGAAACAUCAAAGCAAAAGAAAAAAGACAGUCAAGAUAAGCCUAAACCAGAGCUACUGGAGUCUCCCAGUCUCUCUGUUGAGGAGCUGCCAUCCCCUCAACUGGCUCCCCUACCCGAGUGGCUGGCUGAUGUCACUGAGGAGCUGGAUGUGCUCAUUGUUGAAAGACAUUUUCAAAAAACUUAUGAACUGAUGGUGUCUGCACAGAAAGCACUAGACACUGAAGAACACAAAAACCACCCAUCGAGAAGUGAUUUGUUGAAGAGAAUUGAACAAAAGCAAAAAGUUUUGAUUGAAAUUUUACUGAAAGAGCUUGAUGUUACUCACAACUGGAGCCCGAGGGGAGGGCUACAGUCAUCCAGGCAGCCUGUACUCAUACUCAAUAAGUUCAACAUGACCAGUCAGGCAUGUGAGCUGUUCCUGGCAAUUUGCAGUCACACUGUGAAGGUGCAUGUGAAAGGGGUCCAGCUAGAAGGGUCUAUCAAUAGUUAUGUAAAGCAAGUAGGUGAAGUGUUCUUCUGCUCACUCAGCGAUGCCUUAACAGAGUUCAUUACAUUAUUUCCUAAGAAUAAAAUUAGUGCUUUGGUAGUAUGGGCUAGCAUGCAACUUAGAAUGUUAAUGAGUCAAAUUAUCAAACAAGUGUUCACUCCGCAGUGUGCGCUAGAUUCAGUGUUGGACUGUGUGCAGAGUUUGCGAGAUCAGUGCCUGUUAUUUUGUGAGUUUGGUCUAGACUUGAGAUUUCAGAUGAAUAGCUGUUUAAGAGCACCUAUAGUGAAAGCCCUAAGGGAGUACAGGGAAAAAGUGAUGGAUUCUAUGAAGAAUAAGGUGUCAGAGGACAAGUGGACCCCUGUGAAUAUGCACACUAAAGCCGGAGUCAACAAGUUCUUGACACAGAUGGAGAGUUUGGGCCUUAUCUUAGCUAAGUACAUAAUAAAUGAAACAUGGGUGGACUUAUCUAGUAGUACAAUAUGGUUUGCGCAGUCUGUUAUAACUAUACAGAAGGUGGGACUGCAACUGGUCACCAAGGACAUGAUGGACGUACUGGACGAGUGCAUCUAUGCAGUCUUUAACUCCCGCCUUAAGCUGUCCAUAGGCAACGACUCUAGUUACGCUCAGAAGAACUUUAAGUUUAUUUUAGACACGGUGAUGCCUUUAAUGCUCAGAUGUUAUAAGGAAGAGGUUGGAUAUGAUAAUGAGAAGUUGGUGAGCCUGGCCAAGAAGUUUGGCGUCUACAUACCACCUCCAAAGAAAUCCAACAUCACAAAAUACACGAGUAACGAAUAUUUAUGA